CGGUGCGGGCUGUGAGGCCUAGUCCUCCAUUCUCUCUUCGGUCUGCGGCCAGACAUGAGCCGCCGCCACCACAGCCUGAUGUAACAGAAUGGGUGUGGAUUUUGAUGUGAAGACCUAUUGCCAUAACUUAAGGGCCACAAAACCGCCUUACGAAUGUCCUGUAGGUACCUGUCGCAAAAUCUAUAAAAGCUACAGUGGGAUUGAGUACCACCUCUAUCACUAUGACCAUGAUAACCCGCCGCUUCAGCAACAGACACCCAUCCGCAGGUCAAAAAAGAAAGGACGACAGCCUCGUUCUGCCAAUAAGCAAUCACCUUCUAACUCUGAACUGUCCCAGUCGCCCAGUCGUGAGGUGAUGACGUAUGCUCAGGCCCAGCGACUGGUGGAAGUGGAGUUACAUGGAAAGGUCCACCGUAUUAGCAUCUUUGACAAUCUGGAUGUUGUUUCUGAAGAUGACGAUGCUCCAGAGGAAACACCUGAGAAUGGGAGCAAUAAGGAAAAUAAUGAAACUCCAACUGCAACUCCUAAGUCUGGAAAACAUAAGAACAAGGAAAAGAGGAAGGACUCAAAUCACCACCAUCAUCACACGGCAUCUGCGGGCACCACACAAAAGCUUCCUGAAGUGGUUUACCGGGAGCUAGACAAUGAUGUACCAGAUGCUCCUGCUCGGCCUUCCUCCUAUUACAGGUACAUUGAAAAGUCUGCAGAAGAAAUGGAUGAAGAAGUGGAGUAUGAUAUGGAUGAAGAGGACUACAUAUGGCUGGAUAUUAUGAACGAACGACGAAAGACUGAGUGUCUCAAUUGCAUCCCACAGGAGACCUUUGAAUACCUAAUGGACCGGCUGGAAAAGGAGUCCUACUUUGAAAGCCAUAAUAAAGGGGAUCCAAACGCGUUAAUAGAUGAGGAUGCUGUGUGCUGCAUUUGCAAUGAUGGGGAAUGUCAGAAUAGUAAUGUGAUAUUAUUCUGUGAUAUGUGUAACUUGGCUGUGCACCAGGAGUGCUAUGGGGUUCCCUACAUACCAGAGGGACAGUGGCUUUGUAGAAGGUGUCUUCAGUCGCCUUCUAGAGCAGUAGACUGUGCACUUUGCCCAAACAAGGGAGGGGCAUUUAAACAGACAGAUGAUGGGCGCUGGGCACACGUAGUUUGUGCUCUUUGGAUCCCAGAGGUUUGUUUUGCUAAUACAGUCUUCCUCGAACCUAUAGACAGCAUUGAGCACAUCCCACCUGCCCGCUGGAAGCUAACUUGCUAUAUCUGUAAACAACGUGGCUCUGGAGCCUGUAUUCAGUGCCAUAAAGCAAACUGCUACACUGCCUUCCAUGUCACUUGUGCACAGCAGGCUGGCCUCUACAUGAAAAUGGAACCCGUGCGGGAAACGGGUGCCAACGGAACAUCUUUUAGCGUCCGCAAAACGGCGUAUUGCGAUAUCCACACCCCUCCUGGGUCUGUCUGCAAACUCCCAGCCCUCUCCCACAGUGAGGGAGAGGAGGAAGAUGAUGAUGAGGAAGAGGAAGGAAAAGUUUGGAGCUCGGAAAAAGUAAAAAAGGCAAAGGCCAAAUCGAGGAUCAAAAUGAAGAAAGCCCGGAAAAUCCUUGCUGAGAAAAGAGCAGCUGCUCCAGUCGUGUCUGUUCCUUGCAUUCCUCCUCACAGGCUCAGUAAGAUCACCAACUGCCUAACCAUCCAGAGGAAAAGCCAGUUCAUGCAGAGGCUACAUAGCUACUGGACAUUAAAGAGACAAUCCCGGAAUGGCGUUCCCUUAUUGCGCCGCCUACAGACACAUUUGCAGUCACAGCGGAACUGUGAGCAGGAGAUGAAGUGGAGGAUACCCUUGGCUGAAGAGACCUCUAUUCACCAGGGAACAAUCUCUAAACCAAACAAUGAGAUUGGAGACCAAGCAGUGAAGAAAGACUCUACGGACAAAAACUGGGUGUUGAAAGAACAGUUAAAGUCUUGGCAAAGGCUCCGACAUGACCUGGAGCGGGCACGCUUGCUGGUAGAGUUGAUACGCAAGCGGGAGAAGCUGAAGAGAGAAACGAUUAAAAUCCAGCAGUUGGCUCUAGAAGUCCAGCUAACCCCUUUUCUUAUUCUCUUGAGAAAAACAUUAGAGUUGUUGCAAGAGAAAGAUACCAGCAAUUUGUUUACUGAGCCGGUUCCUCUCUCCGAGGUAACAGAACUGUACAAAGUACCAGACUACCUAGAACACAUUAAGAAGCCGAUGGACUUCCAAACGAUGAAGGCUAACCUAGAAGCUCUCCGCUAUCAAAACUUUGACCAGUUUGAGGAGGACUUUAGCUUGAUAGUUAACAACUGCAUCAAGUACAAUGCCAAGGACACCAUCUUCUACCGAGCGGCUGCCCGACUAAAAGAGCAGGGGACGGCAGUGAUCCGACAGGCUCGCCGCCAGGCAGAGAAAAUUGGUAUUGAUUUUGAGACCGGAAUGCACGUUCCCCAAAUCACAGCAGGAAAUGAGACAGGACGUCAUAAUCGGGAGAAUGCAGAUUAUGAGCGCACCCCGCAGUCUGACAGUCGUAAACCCCUUCCACUAGAAGAGCAGCUGAAAAUCCAGCUAGCCAGGCUGGACGAUGUAAACGCAGCCAAGCACAGCAUAGGAAAAGCGCGCCAAGCCAAGAUGAUCAGGAAGGAAAUCACAUCCAUCCGUCGCAAGAUGGCGCACCAGCAAGAGUCUAGAAGGGACAGAGCCAACGACAGGCACGGCGCUGGCGGCGGGAGAGGAGCCCUGCCUUUGCGCGGCCCUUCAGAGAAGGAUGGACAGACGGACAGUGCUGCAGAAGAGAGCAGCAGUCAGGAGACGGGGAAAGGACUUGGCCCAAACAUUUCCUCCACCCCUGCACACGAAGUCGGUAGAAGGACCUCUGUCCUUUUCUCCAAGAAGAAUCCCAAAACGGCGGGACCUCCAAAGAGACCCGGGAGGCCACCAAAGAACAGAGACAGCCAGAUGUCGUCGAGGCAGAUCAGCAGUCCGAUCGGACCCCCUCAGCUGUCUAUAAUGUCCCAGAGGCCGAGGAAAAGAGGCAGGAGUCCCCGGCCAACAUCCAGUUCAGACAGUGAAAGCGACAGUGACAGGUCGGCAGAAGAUGCCUCUAUAGACAUGCCCACCAAUGGCUUCAGUGGCAGCAACCAGCAGGUGAAAAAAAGUUUUUUAAUUUACCGCACUGACUGCAAUCUUCCCCGGAGCAGCUCCGACUCCGAGUCCAGCACCACCAGCAGCAGCAGUGCUGCAUCAGACAGAACCAGCACAACACCUUCUAAACAGGGACGAGGAAAGCAAUCCUUCUCGAGAGAGAACUACCAUGACUACAGCAGCGAGGACACGUCGGGAACUGAAAACGAGUCCUAUUCCUUGGGGGGGCGAGGACAUGGCUUGGUACGCAAAGGAAUGGAGGGACGAGGGGCGGGGUGGCUGUCCGAAGACGAAGACUCUACUCUAGACGCCUUAGACUUGGUGUGGGCCAAGUGUCGGGGAUACCCCUCCUAUCCAGCUCUGAUUAUCGACCCAAAGAUGCCCAGAGAAGGAGUGUUUCACCACGGGGUUCCCAUUCCUGUACCACCCGUAGAUGUUCUCAAGCUAGGAGAGCAGAUGACAGAAGAAGCACAAGAGCAUCUCUACCUCGUUCUGUUUUUUGACAAUAAACGGACUUGGCAGUGGCUGCCCAGAACAAAGCUGGUUCCGCUGGGGCUGAACCGCGAGCUGGAUAAAGAAAAAAUGCUGGAAGGGAGAAAAUCAAACAUCCGCAAAUCUGUGCAGAUCGCCUACGAACGCGCCGUGCAGCACCGCAACAAAGUCCAAGGCACGCAGAGCAGCGAGACAAGUGAAAGUGACUAGCGCCUUCCGUUAUCCUCUGGGGCAUUUUCUUGCCGACCAUCUGGGUCACAUCCUCUGCUGCUGUUGCUAAGAGUAAAAUACACGGUAACCUGAACCAGAGAGGUUACCUUAAAGUGAGUAGCAGUUAAUAAAUGAACAAGCGUUUUCAGCUAGCGUGACUACGACGGAGAGGGCCAGUGCUGCACUUUUGUGGGUCGCUGCGAGCACAGAUAGGGCUAACAAGUAGCAAACAGGACGACGAUGACAUUCUGACAAGAUGUCCUUAUGGUCGCUGGUUGACCAUUUUAAUACAAACCAUCUAACACAGGCCUCCGUCUUGUGGAGUUAACGGACGUGCUACUGGGGUCGGCUGUUUUUUGUUUUUUUUGCUGGUUACACAUUAAUCAUGGAUUCCUAUGUGCAGACUUCAUACCAUUUGUAUAUUGAGCUGUCUGAUGGUUUUAUUAAGGAAUUUGGAUCUUCCAUCCCUUCAGAUACGUAUGUUCCAUUCCUAUUAUGUUCUCUCUGCAAAAUUUGUAACAAAAGUUGUGAGCUUGCACCAGA